AGAAGACACAGAAUCCGUGAAAUCCCAGGACAGAUAUUCAAGAUGACGGAUCUUACUGACGACAACACACCUGAUAAUAAUUCUAACAGUGUCAGAAAGCUAUCGAAGAAUCAGAUAUUGACACUUAUUUCUGCCGCUUCACUUAACUUUAGUUCUAUGAUAUGUUAUUCCAUUUUGGGACCAUUUUUCCCUCAAGAGGCUGUGAAGAAGGGACUUAGCAACACAGUGAUCGGUCUCAUAUUUGGAUGUUUUGCUAUCUGCAAUUUUGUAAGCUCAUUAAUAUUUGGGAGAUAUCUAAUACAGAUUGGAGCAAAAUUUAUGUUAGUAGCAGGUUUGUUUACAUCUGGAGUUGCUACAGUUCUUUUUGGAUUGCUUGACCAAAUUCAAGAUGGAACAAUGUUUACAGUUUUGUGCUUUCUGGUCAGAUCAGUGGAUGCUGUGGGCUUUGGUGCUUCAAUAACAGCUUGCUUUUCUAUUUUGGCAAAGGUAUUCCCUAACAAUAUAGCCACUGCAAUGGGAUUUCUUGAAAUAUUUACUGGGCUUGGACUUGUAUUGGGCCCUCCAAUAGGAGGAUCACUGUACCAGACAUUUGGAUAUGAAGUUCCCUUUAUUGCCAUUGGUUGUGUUGUCUUCUUAAUGGUGCCACUAAAUAUGUACAUCUUGCCACAAUAUGAUUCUUUACCAACUAAGGACUCUUUCUGGGCCUUAGUGACACUACCUAAAGUUAUGGUAAUGUCUUUUACCAUCUUUUCACUGAGCUCGUGUCUAGGAUUUUUGGACCCAACCAUGUCUUUGUUUGUGAUAGAAACAUUUCAUUUGAAAGUUGGAUAUGUUGGGCUAGUAUUUCUUGGACUCGCUUUAGCUUAUUCUCUAAGUUCACCGCUACUUGGAAUGAUAAGUGACAAGUUGCCAGAACUGAGGAAAUGGCUUGUUAUCGCUGGCAGUCUUGGUACUGCAGUAUGCUUUUUCAUGUUAGGGCCUGCCCCUAUAUUUCACAUUGAAAGUAAACUAUGGCUGUUUAUUUUCGUACUUGUAUUGAAUGGAUUUUGUAUUGGCCUGACUGCCAUACCAGUCUAUCCAGAGAUGCUCAGCUGUGUAUAUGAGAAUGGCUUUGAGGAAGGGCUUAGUACUUUGGGCCUCAUCUCUGGGCUGUUCAAUGCCAUGUGGUCUGCGGGAUCAUUUAUUGGCCCAACCCUUGGUGGGUUUCUGAAUGAAAAGUUUCAUUUUAGGUGGGCAGCUGCCAUGCAAGGACUUUUCCCACUAGUUUCAUUUAUUUUGAGUACUGCGUUUUAUUCUUGGGAAAUUUAUAAAAGGAAAAGAAGGUCACAGCUUUCAAAUGCUAGUACAACUCAAGAAAGAGAACCCUUGCUGCAAGUGGAAUAA